GAUGUGAGUGCGGCUGCCUGAGGAGAGCCGGGAACGGCCGGCGUGUUUCUUUUUACAUGGCUUCUCUCCCCCCCGCCCCCCUCUCCUGCUGUUUCUUCAGGGCCGCCCCGGCUAAAGUGUUGGUCAGGUUCAGCUUAAGUAUAUAAAGUUGCCAAGAUGCCACUUAGACGUGAAGGACAGCUGGAAAAAUGUAUAGAUGAUGCUACAAGAAAAAAUGACUUCCAAGCAUUGGAACAGUUACUGGAAACUGAUUUUUCUGAGGGUUUUUCCCAUAAAUGCAGUAAACAGUUUCUCAACAAAGUAGACAAACUUAUAUGCCAGGAACUUGAUAAUGAAGAAGUCAAGAAUGUUUCUACUUUGUUGAAUACUCUUCAAAAACAUGGUAGAAAUAUCAACAUAUUAGGUGACGAUGGGUUUCCAGCAAUGAUAGAACAUGGUCUUGUUCAAAAGAUGGUCAAUUGGUUUGAAAAGGCCAAAGAAAUUCUCCAAAACCGAAUAAAUGAAAAAAAUGACCAAUUUCUCACUCUCAUGGAAGACUUCUUUGAUGUCCUCAUGAUAGUACAUGAUACCAGCAGUGAAGGUAAAAUACAAGUACUGGAAAACUUUAUAUUGCGGACAUGUAGUCUUGCUGCUGAUAAAAGAAUGAAUAUUUAUAUUCAGAAGGAGGCAGUAAGAAAAUUGAAUGCAAUGCUUGAUGCUAUGCCUCGAGAUACUAGAAAGAAAUUUAUUUCAGCAAAGGAAAUGUUACAUGUCACGAAUGAUAUGGGAAAGAGAAUUUUGGAUGCUGGGGACUAUGAUCUCCAGGUUGCUAUUACUGAAGCUUUAUGCAGAAUGAUGUCAGAAAAACAAAGAGGAGAACUGGCAAGCCAGUGGUUUUCUAUGGAGUUUGUUACUAAUGCAUUUAAAGGAAUUAAGGACUCCGAGUUUGAAACAGAUUGCAGAAAGUUCCUUAACCAGGUGAACGGCAUGCUUGGUGACAAAAGAAGGGUUUUUACCUAUCCUUGUUUAUCAGUCAUCCUUGAUAAACAUGAGCUGCAGAUGCCAGUAGAUGACAAUCUUGAAGAAUUUUGGAUUGAUUUUAAUAUUGGUAGCAGAAGCAUAUCUUUCUAUGUGGCUGCGGAUGAUGAAGGCCAUCAAUGGGAAACUGUGAGCAUACCUGAAGAUGAAGUUGAAAUAUAUAUUAUUGAAGGAAAAGAUAAAAAGAAGUUAACAAUAAAUCUAAAAAGUCCAAUGUCUGUGGGCAACCAAGAAGGGGAGAAAAUAAUAAUGCAUUUUGAUUCUGCAUUAGAAAUUGUGGAGGCAGUAAGAAACGUUUAUGGUGCAAAAAAAUGUCAGGGAUUUAUGAGGAAGAAUACUAUGUCAGUUGCCAAAACAGCAGUACAUGUAAUUUUUGAUGAAAGUGGAUCACAGGUUCUUGUACCAGAAAGUCAGAUUUCACCUUUGAAAGAAAAAACUUGUAAACCACUGGGAGAAAACAGUAGUUAUUCUCUAGAACAUCAUUAUCCUCAAAUACAGAAAAAUCUGAAUCAAAAAGAUAAGGUGGAGUUCCCAAUUGUUCAAUCCAAGAUCACUCCAGGUAAAAGAAAAGUAUCUGAGGCAUCAAUGAUUGUGCCAUGUUCUGCCAGAUUGUCUAUGCAGAGUCCAUUUCCAUUGGUUAAUACUUCAACUCCUCGAAAAGGUCGGGUUAAAAUGCCUCUUCAAAUGAGUUCUGCAGAAAAAACAGACAUUUUUCCAAUGCCUGAGAGAAGAACAAUGAAUUUCAGUCUAGUCCAUGAAGAUGUGCCUGUAUCAUCUGUAACCAAGUCUCUUAAAAAGCAUAAUUCUGCUGCCAGAAAGCAUAUUGCUAUUGAAAAAAUGGCUGCAAAGGUCCAUGAGGAAGAUUUUGACAACUAUGACAAACAAAAAUUAGAUGGAUUAAUAGACAUUGUUCCUGAUUCUCAGCCAGUAGACAGAAAUGACAAACUAUUAUUACCUGGCAUUCUAGAAAAUUCUGUUGCUGAAAUUAAAACCCAGAAAAAACAAAUGUGUUGGGUACCUGAGAAGAUAAUAUCGCACUGCAACAAGCAAAAUAUUAGUGCAUUGGGAAGUACAUUUCAUCAAGCUCCUAAUGUUAGUGCUGGAGUUGCCAAGCAAAGAGCGUUCUCUUCAAUUUUUGAAAGCACAUCUUCAGAGUUGAAAAAUAGACUGCGAUGCAGUGGCGAAAUCAUGGAGCAGCAGCAAAAUGAAACCAAUAAAAUACCAGUAAAAAAUGGCAAGAUAAACAGUCUGGAGUCACGAAACAGUUUUAUGCAUUUGGAUGAGAAAAUACCAAAAAAUAGCACGAAGAUUGUUCCCAGUAAAUCUGAAAUGUCACUUAAUUCAACCAGAAAGAAUGACAGUUAUGUAGUAAAUCCGAGACUGUCAAAAUUGGUAACCAAAACCACUGGUGAAGCUGGCCUUGAUAUUUCUUCUGGAAAACAAACUGCUAAUAAGAAAAUCAACCAGAAAGGAAAAUCAAAAGAAAUGGUUGAAACAGCAGAAAUGUUUGUAAGUAAGAUCAGUGACAGAUACAAACAAAAGGAUGAUGCAAAAAGUACAAGAAAACUGUGCCAGUCAUUCUCUCACUGCAGCACAUUUUUGAAUAAAUCCAGUUUCAGUGUUAAUAAGAGAAAAAGCCAGAAUAAAUCUUCUAGAGAUCUGAAAACUACUACUCUGCUCAACAUAACUACUAAACACCUGACGGAUGAUGUCUACAACUUUAAUCUAAGUGGAUCUGAUGAACCUACAAUAAAGCUUGGAAUUCAAGAAUUUCAUCUUACAAAAUUGGAAGCUACUUCAAACCUUUCAAAGAAAAUGAAUCAUGAUCAUGAAGGAGAAAGCACAACCCAAGAGAAACAAGACAUAAAGAACAGAACAAAUAAAAAUAAGCAACACCUUUUUAGCGACACAGACACAGAAUAUAGAGGUGAUGAUGCAAUGACAGAUAUUAGCUGGCUGAGAGAAUCAAAUAGAAAACCUAAACCUCAGGUGAUAGACUACAGCAGAGCCAGAAAACAGAAGAAAUCUAAAACUCUGGAAGCAAAAAAAUCCCCCAUGACUUCACACAUAAGGAAAAUGUCUCCACCAAAGAAAACAAAAAACAAGGUUCCUGUUCCUAAAAAUCAAAGUGACAAUGAUUUUGAAAAAAAAGCACAGCCUACUAGAUCAAAACAACCUAGAAGAGCAGCACUAGCCAAAAAAUGCUAUAAAGAACUUUCAGAUUCAGAGACUGAGAGUGAAAAGGAAUCUAAGAAAAAUGCAUUAAAUGAACAUCCAGAACAUAAAAGUAUAAAAAACAAAGCUGUGAGUCAACCAAAGGUACAACAUAGUAUUGUUUCAAAUGAGUCAGUGAAAGGAAAAUCAGUAGAUCAAGAGGAAAAAUCUACUAAAUCAAAAUAUGGUAUGCCAAAAAAGAAAGUGGAAUUAUCACCAGUGCCUUCAUCUGAGAGCCCAGCUUCUUGUGAAAUAAUGAGAUGUAGUGGGAGGAGUACAGAGGAAGAACCUACUCAAGAACAUAUUUCAAUGAGAAGAUCAUCUUUAUCAUCCUUUCUUCAAGAGUCUGAAAAAGAGGAAUCCAUAGACAACAUUAAGAAUAAUUCUGCCUUAGUGAAAACAAAUAAAAAGAGUGUUCAAUCCAAGCAGUCCCCUGAAACGAGCAAAAAGCUGAUGUCUGAAAAUGAAAGUCUGUCACCUGUUUUAAGCCCAGUUUCCUUGCCCAACCUUACGCCUUUCAUUACAACCAAAAAAUUCACCAGUGACCAAGAUGCAGAAACUGCUGAGCCUGAAGAGAAAGUGUAUGGUGCAGAUGAAUCAGCAAGCAUAAAAAACGAUCCUUUAGACAGAUCAUCUGAUACAGAACUGAAAGAUUUUUCUGAGAACUGCAAGCAAAAUAGAAGAGAAGGUUCUGUACCUUCAUCAGAGUUAUCCACACCUAGGGGAAACAGAGAAUUAUGUCGUAAAGAACCCCCUGCUCACAUACAUGAAUCUGGACCGACAAGACAUCCUCAUUUCAAACGACUGUACCAGGGUGAUACAGGAAGUGAUUCUGAUGAAGUGGACGUCAGGAGAAAGGAAAGAAAAACAAAGCUGCUCCAUAAAAAGUUAUUUAAAGCAGAUGAUAGCACUUUCAGAGUAUCUGAAAGCAUAUCUACUUUGUCAGUCAAUGAUGCAUCUGCUUUUGAUGGAGAAGGCUGGGAUGCUGACAGUUCAAAUGUAGGGAUGAUUUGUCAAAAGCUUCAUAAGGAGUUUGCCAGGAAAGUACAAAGCCGUUCAAAGAAAAUGGACAGCUUUUCUAAGCAAUCAUUGAAAGCAGCUCAUCAGCAUAUGAGUACAAUGAAUACUGAGUUACAUGAGCGCAGGACCCAACAGCUGGAGCAUUUUCAUUCCUGUAUUAUCAAAGAGCUUGAAAACUUUGAAAGAGAUUCACUAGCUUUAAAAAAUAUGGAAAAAGAAUUUUCGAAUUUUUCCAAGAAGCAUUCCCAAAUAUUUAGCAAUUACAACAAAAGCGAGCAACAGAGACUUCAGAAUCUGAAAACUUCGUUUGAAAAAAACAUAUAUCAUACUGCUGACUGUGAGGAAAAUAUUUUUACUUCUGAGAUGCAUUUAAUGAAAGAAGACAUGAAGGGGCUCCAAGAAAAACUUCUUAAAGAAAUGCAUGAAGAAGAAUUGCUUAAUGUUCGUAGAGGACUGCAGUCACUAUUUAUGGCAGAAGACAGGAAAUUACUAUAAACGCAAGGAUAUGAAAGAAUAUGCAUGUUUGUAUUGCAUUUCUGUUACGUGUGAAUGGCCCAUAAUUUCAGCAAUAUAUCUACUGGUUAAUGGGAUUUAAUUGCAGACAGCAAAAUAUCUGCAUGAAAAUGUCUUUUAUUGUUAUUGUAAUUUAUGUAGAUAAAGUAUAUUUUAUGUUAAAUUGUAUUUACAUUUCACUAGGUAGGGUAGGUUGUAAUAUGUAAAUGUUUUAUUUUUAAAAGAAAUGCUGUUUGAAAAGGAACUCAUCAAUUAAGGAUACAUCUAGAAUGCAGUGGCUGACAUACUGUGCAUGUUCACAUGUUCAUUGCAAUAUAAUGUUCAUUACUUGCACAAGAGUGCUUUUGCAUAAACACAGGAAUUGUGCAAACACAGGAACUGUGCAAACGCAGUUGCCCAAUCAGAAAUAAUGGUUGCCAAAUGCGCAACUAGCAAAAUGCUCUUGUAGAACUAUGUUAACAUUAUGUUGUGGCAUGCACGUAACAUUGCGCAAUAUGUCAUCCAUUAACAGUCUAAUUAUUUAGUCACGGCUCCAUUGGCUUCAUUAGGACACAGUCAUAGCUAAUUUCAGCUGGACUGAAGCCAGUUAUUUAAAUUGAACAUUUAAAAGGCUCUUUCCACAUGAUGAGCAAAUGCAUUAAAUCUUUGGAUGUGUUCAUGGUCUUCCCAUUGAAAAUAACGACCAUAUUUUAUUAAUUGAAAUGCAGAUUGUAAUUAGAAAUUAUUUAGCUAUGGGGGGCAUGUUUGGGUAGGUUUUAUCUGUAGAAUUAGCUUUUAACUGGAAUUUCUUUAAGUUAAAAAAAAUCUAAAUAUGUUCUUUAACUGUAUUGGAAAUGUAUAUUAAAAUUACAAAAAUGUACAUUUGGAAUGAUUAAACUAUUUUUUACAAAAUA